UAGAUAUUUAGAAGCGUAACUAUCGAGUAUGGGUGGUGUUCAUUUUCAACUAAGUCCGUUUACAGUUUAUAGUGUAUUUUGGUAUUGAGUGCAGACGUACAGAAACCCGCCAGGUCGUCUGUCACUUCCUCCCAGUAUGUCAGAGUCGGAGAAGAAUGACAAGAACUAUUUGUGCGAGGUGUGUUCCAAACAGUUCGGACACAGCUGGGAUCUGAAGAAGCACCUCCUCAUCCACAGUGGGGAGAAAGCCUUCCAGUGCGGGAUUUGCUCCCAGAACUUCACCCACAGCUGGUACCUCAAGACCCACAUGACCAUGCACACUGGAGAAAAACCGUUUACCUGUGAAAUAUGCUCCAUGCGAUUCUCCCACAAAGCUAACCUCAACAGACACUCCGCCUCCCACUCCAGGCAGCGACAGUUCAGAUGCGAAUUCUGCGAAAAGUCUUACACUUUGAAGGCGCACCUUUCGCGGCACCAACUGACGCAUUCGGGCGACCACCCGUACACGUGCGGAGUAUGUUCCCAGGGUUUCCUACAGGGAGGUGAUCUCACGAAUCACAUGGUAGUGCACACGGGAGAAAAGAAAUUCUGGUGCGACGUCUGUUCGAAAUCUUUCGCGUGGAAGUCCAACUUGAGCAGACACGCGAUGAUCCACGCAGGCGUUAAACGAUUCCAGUGCCAAAUCUGCACCAAGAGCUUCAGCCAGAACGAGGCUCUCAAAGGUCAUCUGCUGACCCAUACGUCGGAGAAGCCGUUCAGUUGUGACGAAUGCGGGAAGAGGUUUCGCGUACGGCAGAAUCUGAACGCACACAUGAAGUACCAUGCGGGAGAUAUGCCCUACGAGUGCGGGGAGUGUGCACAGCGAUUCACGCAGCCCUACAAACUCAAAGACCACAUGUUGACGCACACCGGAAGUAAGGAAUUCGAGUGUGACGUGUGCUCGAAGCGGUUUGCGUGGAAGGCGAAUCUGACGUCACACUUGAUCACUCAUACGGGGGAGAAGAGAUACGGUUGUGACCUUUGUGAGCAGCGGUUCACCAGCAACGCCGCAGCGAUUAAACACACACGAAGAAGCCACAAAGCACUUUGUGCGAACACGUGA